AUGUAUCCUGAUGCCAAUAGUGCAGAUGAAUCUGUGGGGGAUUUGGGAUAUAAUGGAUAUCCAGUGUACUUGAAUUAUUUCACGGCAUUGCCUGAUCCAUCUAUAUUAAGUGACUCAUCACUUACAAUCUUAUUCAAAUCAUUGUUGAAGAAAGACAGUAUUACCAAAGAAAAAUCAUUGAAUGACUUACUACUGUUGUUGGACAAUGAAGCAUUGACGGAUGUAUUUCGAGAUGAAUUGACUAUUAUGUCGUGGAUUCAACUUUAUCCGAAGUUAGCUAUUGAAAAUACGAAGAAUAUUCGAUCUCUUAGUCAUCAAGUCCAAGGGAAGUUUUUACUGACUGUUGGUGGAAGAGAAUAUAGUAAAUAUUUAAAAAGUUCAAUUCCUAUAUGGUUAAGUGGUAUUUUUGAUAAUGAAAAGCUGGUUUCAAAUGCCGCUUUCAAGACUUUGGUGUCUAGUUUUCAAAAUGAUAACGACAAAGUAACCACAAAGGUCUGGAUAAUCUUUUUUGAUCAAAUUCUAAAUUUCAUUUUUACAUCUAUUACAAUAGAAAAUCCUGACAGUUUAAGUGAUUCAAGAUAUACCAAUGAAUCUGAUUCUGAUUCUAAAUAUGAAAGACUUUUGAAUGGCGCCUUGCAAAUGCUUAUAAGAAUCAUCGAGCAUGUCAACGAAGAGCGUCUAAUCUUAGAGCCUACAAGCAUUGAAAAAUUGGAAUCAAUUCUUGCAAAUGAUGAAUUAUGGAACUACUUGGGCACCUCAUGCUCUUCUGAGAGAUUAAACAUUGGAUUAUUUAAGACUCUCCUAGUCUUGUUGAAGUUUAUUUUUGCAGCACCAAUUUCCAAGUUUACUGGCUCAUUACAUGAUUCAAAAUCAUUAUACAAAUUUAUUAGCAAAAAGUUUAUAAAGAAUGUGAACUUUAAAAAUAACAAGACUCUGAAUAUAGUUUUCUCGUCAGCUAUUCUUCAGUUUUGGGAUACAAUCAUUACCUUGACUCAAUUUGAUGAAGAUAAAAAUUUCUGGGACUUGGGUGGAUCAAAGAGUGGUUCAAGAUUUAUAGACUAUUUGAAAUUAGGCCCUUGUAACCUGUCAGAAAUAUACUAUAUUUUAAUAAGGAAGAUCUUAACUGUUAUUCCUAGAAAUUCAGCAAUUGACUUUAGUUCAUUGACUGUUUACGAGAAACUAAAUCAAAUCGUAUGUCAACAAUUAUCAAGCUUAAAUAACGCUAAGUUUGUUAAGGAAUGCAUAUUAUCCUUAGUAUGCCUUUAUGAUCAAUUUUCAGCUUCAUUAGAUAAGUCAUUAUUGAUACCAGAGUCGAAGAGAUUUUUCUACACUUCAAUAGAUUCUCUUUCAAAGAGAUAUUUUAGUGACAAGCAAGCCAAGGAGAACUUGGCUCUAGAUAUUACCAAAUUCAUGAAGGCUGGAAAUAAUGUUGAGAUAUUUCAAGAAUUCCAGAACAGUGCAAUUGCACAAUCGUUGUCUUCAAGUUCUGACUUUAAAAUUGGUGAGUUUGUAUUUAACAGCUCUUUUGAUAGAAUUAUAGACACUUAUUUCAGAAUUGUCAAAAACUUUGAAGAUGACUCAUUUUAUGAGAAUAUGAUAAACAAUAUCAUUGAUUCAUUGCAAAACAAUUCCAAAGGUAAUGAUCAGAAAAUCUCGUUACAAGUCUUAGAAAGCUAUAUGGAUAUAAUAGGGUGUAAGAACUCUAAUCUUGUCAAUUUCUUCGGCUCUUUAGCCGAUUCGAAUGAUCCCAAUUUCGUUGUCAGUAGCUUGAAUAUCUAUUUUAAAUAUUUAAACAGUGCAACAAUUGAUGAAACGGAGAAGAAAAGCUCUGUUAAUAGAAUUUUCAACAGGAUCUCGUCGACAGAUCACAGUAAUUUACUGAAUUUCAUUUCCACUGUUGCUAAAAAUAUCAACAUUUUCAUAGAUUUGGGAUCAUAUCCUGAAAUUUAUGAGUACUUGGUACAGUUGUCAGAACUGGAAGAUUUAUCAGCUGAAGAUUUACAAUUAUGCUUUUCUUAUUCGAGCAAUCAGAAGAUUUUUAGCAAUUUGUUGAGUGUUGCAAGUUUGGACCGUGAACGUGCUUUACGAUUUAUAACUCUCAUUGCAAAUAAUCCGCCCAAUCUCGUCGAUAAAGAGUUGGACAGCUUGACAUUUGUUGUUAACGUUGCAUUUGAAGAGAUUCCAAAUAAAGACUGUGCUUCUUUCAUUAGUAAUCUCAAGUCUAGUUUAACUAAUUUCAAGAGUAUUGUUUGGAAUUACAUUACUUCUGCUUCCAUAUCAACAGAUUUUUCACACCUAGUAAAUUGCUUAGAGGAAUCAGAAGUUCCCUUGGAAGAAAUUGAAGAUGUUGUUCGUGAAUCAUUGAAUAAAGUCUCUAGCACUCUAUUAUCUAUUUCCAAUCCUUUGGAACAAAAUAUUUAUUUAGUGAAAGAAGGUUCUGAAGAAGGGUUAAAUUCAUCUUUAUUGGUAUUUGGAAAGAUCAUUUUACCAAUGUUAGGCAAAUUCAACUCGCCAAGAUUACUCGUCUUAGCGGCUCUUGUCGGUGAAUAUAUUGGAGAUUACUUAUUUUUGGAGAGUUCUAAUAACCUCGAAGUAGAAAAGUUACUCGAUAUCAGAAAACAAUUGACUGCUCAAUUUUUACUGACAUUUCAUGAUCUUGAUGUUGAAAAAAUUCUUUCACAAUUAAGUCAAAAAUCACCUAUUUCAGAUGAUGGUAUAGCAUCAACUGUAAUUGACAUCUUAUCUAAAAAUGUUAAUGGUAAUGAUAUCUACGGAUUCUAUUCAACGAGAGCAUUUAAGUCUGUAUUUGAUUUAUAUUUUGACAACAUCACUUUACUGCAAUUUGAAUCUAUUGGCUUUGAUUUUUAUUCUUUGAUUCGGAAACCUCUUCUAUUGGCUUCAUUGUUAACUAGUUGCAACAAAUUAAUUACAAACGAUAAAUUCAAUAGAGUACGUAACUAUGUUGCAGCCGAAAUUCUUGGAGCUAGAAGUGAAGUUCAAGUGAGAGAGGAAGGAUUGAAAUGGGUGACGCUAUGUACCAACUUCUAUCAGGCUAAUGAAGACUUUGAGGUUAUUCCAGCUCAUCGUUUAACUUUGAUUAUCAACCAUAUUUCAAAGUGGAUGGAAUCAGAUUAUGCGUACGAUAGUUGGUUUAUAAAGGUGCGUGUUCAGGUUACUAGAUUUUUAAUUGGCUUAAUAUUAUCGAAUCCUAGCUUGCCUGAUAGCUUCUGGGAAUUAACUUCCUCAAUAUUAGAUGAUAAUUUGGGACUUGCUGUUACUGAGAUAUCACAUUUAGAUUUAAGAUAUUUCACGAUUAAGCUCUAUUCAAUUUGUGUCAAACAAAGACAAUUAGAAAACAUAAGCGAUUUGAAAUCCGAAAUCUUAGAGAUUUUCCUUGACAACUCUGUUCAGGUUUUCGAUGGUAAACAAAGCAAUCAACCAGUCCACAUGUAUAAUGAUCUUCUUACAAGAGUGUUAUCCGGCAUAGAUUUCCCAAUCAAAUUGCUUUCAGAAAAAGAAAAUGAUCUUUAUAGAACCUUUUUCGAAACAGAGUUUGUUGAUGUUCAGCGAGCAUCGAUCAAUCAAUUGAAAAGAAUGGUGUUGCAAAAUCAACAAGACUUUGUCUUAGAAUACCAAUUAAACAAGUCUAAUUUGGGUCAAGAAGAUACAGAAGAAAUAAGUUCCAUUCUUCCUGCAGGUUUGACGUCACAAAUAAGUAAUAUUUACCACGGUGAUAUAGACAAUCCUAUUACUCCUGGAUUUACUAGAUAUGUAUGGAGUUGGUACCUUAUGUUUUCAUACUUUUCAGAAGUCACAUAUUCGAUCAGAAACGAAUAUGUCAAGCAGCUUGUUGAUUUAAAUGCCUUUGAGUCACUCUUCGAUUUUAUUUUCAGUGCUUUAGAGUUAAAUGACCUGAAACUUCUUCGUAUGUUAACUACUGGUGAUAUUUCCAAAUCUAUAAAUGCAAGUGAGAUUUUAAUCAACGAUUAUUCAGUCAAUAGCAAUAGUGGCAAAUCAUUAAACGAUGAAAUGGCUUUUGCAUUAGUGCACUUAUAUUACUUACUGUUGAAGUAUCUGGGAUCUCAGGUACAGCUCUGGUAUAAUGGAAUUAGACAUCGUCAAUUGAAGCAGCUGAUUGAAAAAUUUACAGUCAAGUACGUAUCCCCAUUACUAAUUUCAAAAAUUCUACUUGAAGCUACAGAUUCUAAGUCAAAGUUAGAAAGUAAGGAUGAAAAUUUGACAUUGAAGAUAAACAAUGUUACAAAUGAGAUUAAAUCUAUAUAUAUAAUUGAUGAACAGAUUAUGGAAAUGAUUAUCAAAAUUCCUGCAUUGUAUCCUCUCGAGAAUGUCACGGUGGAGGGUCCAACAAGAUUAGGUGUGAAAGAGAAUCAAUGGAAGGCUUGGUUACUUGCAUCACAACGUGUAAUCUCUUUGACAAAUGGAUCUGUUAUUGAUGCUGUGGAAUUAUUCAAUAAGAACGUUAACUUGCAUUUUUCAGGUUUUGAAGAUUGUGCAAUUUGUUAUUCUAUUUUACAUCAAGAUUUGUCGCUUCCUUCCAAAGUUUGUCCUACGUGUUCCAAUAAAUUCCACGCAGCAUGUUUGUAUAAAUGGUUCAAAAGUUCUAAUAGUAGUACUUGUCCUCUAUGCAGAUCGGCAUUUAACUUCAGAACUAGAAAUUAG